UAACUCUCAUUCUGCUCCACUGCGCGCACACACACACACACACACACUCCUGCAACUCUCAUUCUGCUCCAACUCGCACAGCACGAGGCACAAACUAACCAUGGCGGGACGCGACCGAGUGGCGCAUCUGAUGAGACAGCUCGCGAGUGCAGCAUGUCGUUGUCCUGCUCACUCCCACACCUUCCACCAAGGUACUGGGCAAGCAACAUGUACAGCUCGGACCACUGACUAUGCAUUUGAGAUGGCCAGCUCAAACAUACGAUAUGGAGAAGGGGUCACUCGAGAGAUCGGCAUGGACCUGGUGAACAUGAGUGCACGGAAGGUGUGUGUGAUGACGGAUAAGAACCUGUCUCGUCUUCCUCCGGUCAAAGCCGUGCUGGACUCACUUGCCCACAACGGAGUCCCUUACCUCUGCUACGACAACGUGCGCGUGGAGCCGACAGACACCAGUUUUAAGGAGGCCAUAGCCUUUGCUAAGAAGGAGAACUUUGACGUGUUUGUGGCAGUGGGCGGGGGCUCAGUGAUUGACACCUGCAAGGCAGCCAAUCUCUACGCUUGCUACCCUGAAGCGGACUUCCUGGACUUUGUCAACGCCCCCAUUGGGAAAGGAAAACCAAUCACACGGGCCCUGAAACCCCUCAUAGCAGUUCCCACCACUGCAGGCACAGGCAGUGAAACGACUGGAGUGGCUAUCUUUGACUACGAACCUCUCAAGGCCAAAACAGGUAUUGCCAAUCGUGCGCUGCGUCCGGUGUUGGGGAUCGUGGACCCCCUGCACACACUCCACAUGCCCUCCAGAGUGGCAGCCAACUCAGGAUUUGAUGUCCUAUGCCAUGCUCUAGAGUCCUACACGGCUCUGCCCUACUCUGAGAGGAGUCCGUGCCCGCCCACUCCUCUGCAUCGCCCCGCCUACCAGGGCAGCAACCCAAUCAGCGACGUGUGGGCCAGACACGCCCUCAACAUCGUGGCCAAGUACAUGAAGCGGGCUGUGCGGGACCAGGGGGAUGUGGAGGCUCGCUCUAGUAUGCACCUGGCCAGUGUGUUUGCUGGGAUUGGCUUUGGCAAUGCAGGAGUUCACCUCUGUCAUGGUAUGUCCUAUCCUAUAGCUGGGAACGUGAAGACCUACAAAGCGAAGGAAUACAGCGUUGACCACCCUGUCGUACCUCAUGGUCUGUCGGUGGUGGUGACGUCUCCUGCUGUGUUCUCCUUCACUGCCAGCAUGUGUCCAGAGCGCCACCUGGAGGCUGCUCAGAUACUCGGAGCUGAUAUCACCAACGUGAAACGUGCUGACGCUGGCGCUGUUCUGGCUGACACUCUCAGGAGCUUCCUGUUCGACCUGCAGGUGGAUGAUGGAUUGUUGGCGCUUGGAUACACUAAAGACGACAUCCCUGCUCUCGUCAAGGGCACUCUACCUCAGGAGCGGGUCACUAAACUGUCUCCCAGGCCUCACACAGAGGAAGACCUGACUGAACUCUUCGCUGCAUCCAUGAAGCUCUACUAACACACACACACACACACACACACACACACACUCACACAGAGGAAGACCAUGAAGCUCUACUAACACACACACACACACACACACACACACACACACACACACACACACACACAUGAACCUCCAUGAAGAGCCUUGUCACAUGUUAGUUCUUAAUGAACAUGUUUGUGCUUUAUUGAUCAAUUACUGAACUUAAAAAAAUAAAGCAAAACAAUGUGCAGACUC